AUGGGUGAGCCGCAAUACCUCGCAUACCCAACGCUGGCGCUGGCACAGAAUGUCUUCGCCAUCGCAUCGCCCACCACCGACAAGGCGUUCAAACAGACAUCUCUCGAAGCACUCCAACAUGACAUCCGCGAGCACAAGAUGGCCCCUCUCUACGCCUACCUAGCACCUCCUCAAACAGGCAAGCUCAACGCAGCUGGCGAAGGCAGCGCUGUUCUAUCACCAACCAUCAGUCGCGCAAACACGAACUCUUCUGCAGCACCACCCAUCGCCACAUUACGACGGACGAGCAGUAUCAAUGCUCCAUCGAUAGUGGGCGUGCUCGGUGGCAAGACGGACUCGUCGUUCGAGCUGCCUUGGGACGAGGCGUUGUACGAGGAGCUGCGCAAGGACAACGAGAGGGAGCUGGCUGCCAUACAAAAAGAGGAAGACGAUGCUUUGGAGCAGGCCGGAGAGACUGAGAUUCAGACUGCGCGAGGAAAGCGCGCCGAGUUCUACGCGAGAGUGGGUGACAAGGACAAGGCGUUGGAGGAGUUCGAGAAACUGUUCGAGAAGACGGGCAUCCUCGGCACCAAGAUCGACAUUGUUCUCGCCAUCAUCCGGCUUGGUCUGUUCUUCGAUGACAAGCUGCUUGUCAAGAAGAAUGUCGACCGCGCUUCGCAGUUGGUGGAGAGCGGUGGUGACUGGGACCGCCGGAAUCGCCUGAAGGCCUACCAAGGUCUGCAUCUUCUCACCAUUCGCGCACACAACCUUGCAGCUCCUAUGCUUCUCGAUUCUCUUUCGACAUUCACAUCCACGGAACUCUGCACAUACAGCUCUUUGGUUGUGUACGCCACGCUUGCCGGAGCUGUGUCUCUCCCACGCCGCGACUUCAAGACCAAAGUUGUAGAUGCACCAGAAGUGCGUGCUGUGUUCGGCAGCGAGAGUGACUCGGACCGUCUUUCCGCACUGGGCGGUGCAGCAUCGGCAGGUCCUUCGGCCGAGGACGAUGCCAUGAAGGUCGACUCAACCACAACGCCAAAGCCGACAGCAGUCAAUCUUACAACCCUCGCAUCUGGUUCAGCUUCAGCGGAGGCUCAAGCCAAGGCCGAGCCAAAGGUCGACUUCCGUCCUCUUGCGACCAUGAUCCAGAGUCUGUACAACGGCAACUAUGCCAGCUUCUUCACGUCUCUCGCUGCGGUCGAGCAGAACUUCCUGGCGACAGAUCGAUACUUGUACGAGCACAAGAGCUGGUUCGUGAGAGAGAUGCGGUUGCGAGCUUACGCUCAGCUGCUCCAGAGCUACAAGGUCGUGGGACUCGACAGCAUGGCCAGCAGCUUCGGCGUAAGCGUGAAUUGGUUGGACAAGGAUCUGGCACCGUUCAUUGCCAGCCAGAGGUUGCCUUGCACUAUCGAUCGCGUGCGAGGCAUCAUCGAGACACAGCGGGCGGACGACAAGAACAAGCAGUACAACGACGUGGUCAAGCAGGGUGACCAGCUCAUCACGAAGCUACAGAAGUACGGCCAGGUCGUGCGUCUACGUGGAAGCGAGCGUGGCUGA